AUGUCCUAUUUCAAUCCAAAUUUCUGCUUUGCGAACUCGCGCACUCGGACAAAUCAAGACCGGAAAGAUUCUAUGCCUGAACAUGAUCCUUCCUCGUCCAAGAUUCCAGUUGAUGAGGAUAGUAAAUGUAGAUCACCGACACCAAUACUGACCAGAGAAAGGACCUUGUAUGCAUGGGAUCCAUGGUCGCCAACAACUCCGCCUGACGAUAUAAACGUAGAAUACAGCACUCCUGUUGCCGUGCAGAACUUAUCUCGCAGAUCACACUCUCUUCGCCAAUCCUACCUCUCCCAUGAACCCAUCCCUGAUCCCCAUGCCUCGCAAUAUCCAUAUCGUAGACACAGCCUUGGAGAUCUCAGAAGCCCCUCUCCCUUUGCAUCACCGACCUCUUCGCCUUCCCCCAAAACUCCUGGUCUACAUCGUAGCGAGGCACUCAAUAUCACAGACCUCCAACGGCAAGUCCGACAAUUGACCGACCUACUUUUUCAAACUCUCGAUGCCUUUCACUAUACACUCGACAACGUCUCCGACGCACCACCCUUCCAACCCAUAACUGCAGGCCGUCACCGCAUCUCCAAAGCCCAGCGCCGCGACAUCGACCAAGCACUCCAAGCCCAAUCCAAAGCCGCAGAAUCUAACACAGCAGAGAAAGGAACUGGCAAGGAGUCGGCCCAUCCGAUGCCCGUAGACGACUCCCCGACGCCGUUCUGCCAGUACGGCGAUCCGGAUCGGAGGAGGAGGCUCACGGAGCCGGAUGACGACGUCGAGAAUCGUGCUUGUAGGAGGCAUAAGGUGGAUUUUGGGGCGGAGUGCUGCGAUCAGCCUGGGAAUCCUAAGGGGUGGGUUAAAAGUAGUGUUCGUGAUCUCAACACUUAA